CAUCACGGUUGUCACAUACCUCUAUCAUCCGUGAUCCCAUCCCCAUCAGUCUCCCACAGUCUCCCAUGGGCUGCCAAUGGUAUUGUGUGAGAGGUUUAUUACCACCGAUUUAACAUGAUUAUUUAAACAAGAUAAAUCAGUUUUAAUUUUAAAUUUUGACUAUAAUUGUUUUUCAACGGAGAGAUUCAAGCAUAAUCUAAAAAAAAAAAAAACAAAAAUGAGGGUUAUUGCACUAAUCAGUGGUGGCAAAGAUUCUUGCUUCAAUAUGAUGCAGUGUAUAGCAGCUGGUCACGAGAUUGUGGCUCUGGCUAAUUUAUUUCCUUAUAAAAAAGAUGAGCUGGAUUCGUUUAUGUUCCAAACAGUAGGACAUGAAGGUAUCAACUAUAUUGCUCAGGCUAUAGGCUUACCUUUAUAUCGUUCUCCGACAUUUGGUAAAGCCAAUGUUCAAGAGAAAUAUUAUUAUCCUACAGAAAAUGAUGAAGUCGAGGAUCUUUUUAAGCUUUUGAACACAGUAAAAGAACAUGAAAAUAUAGAAGCUGUUUCAAGUGGUGCUAUUCUUAGUGAUUAUCAACGAAUUCGUGUGGAAAAUGUGUGCAGUCGUUUAAAUCUCAUUUCCUUAUCAUAUUUAUGGAGGAGGGACCAGGAGGAGCUUUUAAAUGAAAUGAUACAGAGUUCUAUUAAUGCAGUGCUAAUCAAAGUUGCAGCUCUUGGUCUUGAAAUUAAACAUUUGGGUAAAUCUAUAUCUGAAAUGCAAUCUCAUCUUGUUAAGAUAAAAGAAAAAUAUGGAGUGAAUAUGUGUGGAGAAGGAGGAGAAUAUGAAACAUUUACUUUAGAUUGCCCUUUGUUUGCUAAAAGUAUUGUAGUUGACGAUUAUGAGAGUAUUGUAAAUACAAGAGAUGAUGUAGCUCCUGUAGGAUAUCUUAGAUUUACAAAGCUCCAUUUACAAGAGAAAGAUAAUGGAGAAAUGGAAAAAUUAAGCCUGUCAGAAAGAUUGAAAACUGUUUUGAUAAAAUCUCCACAAGAUUACAUUGCUGAAAUCAUUGGUCCAGAGCUGCAUGAUGGCUGUAAUUUAUCAGAAGACGAAACUGAUGAACACGCUUGUGAAAGCAAUAGUUUAAAAGCAUCGAAUUCAGGUCAAUUUCAUCCUCCAAGUCCAAUGGAAAUUUUAUAUGAAGAGGAAGAUUACCCAGAUACGCCGAUGGUUAAUAGAAAUCAAACAGGGUGGUUUUGGUUCGGUGGCAUUGUAGGAAAACAUCCGGACGUCACACCUGCUGUAGAAGAGGCAUUGGAGAAAUUAAGCACUCUGAUACAAAAUGAAAAUCUGCGCACGUCUGAUAUCGUCGCAGUAACGUUGUACAUAAAAGAUAUGUCGAAUUACAAGGCUAUAAACGAAGUAUAUGUUUCCUGGUUGGGUGAGAAAAGUCCGCCCGUUCGUGUAUGUGUAGAAUGUCCUUUGAAUGUACAUAUCGCGCUUGACGCGACAGCGUAUAAAGAAAGUCAGGAUUGCGGUGAUAAGUGGGUCUGUAAGCGACAUACGAUGCAUGUUCAAAGCAUAAGUCAUUGGGCACCCGCUAAUAUUGGUCCUUAUUCUCAAGCUACCCGUGUGGGUGAUAUUAUUUUAGUUGCUGGGCAAAUACCUCUGGUACCUGGUAAUAUGAAUCUUCUAGACAUGAACAUUAAACGGCAGUGCCGUUUAACAUUAAGACACAUAGAUCGCAUCGUCAAAGCUAUGGAUGCUAAGCUUAGAGACAUAGUACAAGGUAUCUGUUUCCUGACUCAUUCUAGUUACAUUGCGGACGCGAGAAAAGAGUGGGAAAGGAGGACGAGAAAUGCCAUUGUAGAUUAUGUCGUUGUACCAAAUUUACCACGUGGGGCUCAAGUCGAGUGGUGCGUUUGGGCUCAUAGGGAUAAUAAUCGAUUUGAAUACGAAGAAACAGGAAAAUGUGUGGCUAACUUUAGGAUAGCCAUCAGACGUAGGUGGAAUUACGAAAAUAAUGUUUCUGCAAUUGUGUGCUACAUGUCUACCGGUUCAUCUAAUUCCACUGGUAAUUUAACAACGGAGGCAAGCUUGCCGUCUAUGGAGCUGAACGCAAAUGAAUUGUCAGAAGCCUUCGAGUAUCUAUUGUGUAAACUUAGGAAAGGUUCACAGAAUGCAAAUCCGACGUGUAAUUUGCGAAUAUUUUAUAAAGUCGGCAGCUUUCCGGGUCCGAAUUUUCUUCAUGAUGUCCUAUCGAAGUUUUCUACGCAGAAUUUAGUGAUCACCAUUAUACCGGCUACUCACUUACAUAAUUUCAGUACUUUGUUAUCUAUAUGUGGCAUUAGGCAUGAGUAAAUACUCAAAUUGAUUUUUUUACAUUGUCAAUUAUUCAAUUAUAAUUAGAAUUGGAGCGCGCCUUUAGGAUAAAAUUGAAACCCUUAUGGAAAAACAAGAGUUGCACGAGUUGCAAAAGAACUUUUUUUUGAAACAAAAAAAAUGCAUUUAAAGUUUCCAUUUUAUAAAAUACAACAACUCGCACGCGCGUGCGAUAAUUUUAUUUACUGUAAACAAAACCAAGAUCGAAACUGUAAAUGUAUUUUUUUUCUUUUUUAAGGCCGCGUUUUUGCUUAUGCGUUUUCAUUUUUAUAAUUAAACGCUUCAAUUUUUCUCGACGGUCGACAAAUUGAACGCGGUUUGAAGAAAAAAAAAUUAAACGGCGGUUACAACAGCACCAAAGUACGCACUGUUAAAUUUUCCUACGUGCGCAAAUAAUUAUACGACGCUAUUUUGCUUCACCGAUGGAUCGGUGAAUGUAUUUUGAGUACUUCUUGCGUUUCAUAUGCGAGAGACACGGUUGUUCACUCGACAUUUACUGACGAUGUAGUUAUGUCGCUGUUUUUUCUAGCUGCACUUUCCCAUAUAAAUUGUUUCACAAGCUUGUUUUUCUUCCGUCAAAUCCCGAAAAUAGCUUUUCUCUCCCUUCAAAUUCCUCGUUAGUUUUUUCUCUUUAUAUAUUCAAAGUAGCAAAGUGCAACUACAAAAAACAGACGCUAUAUUAUCUUAUAUAUCGAAUACUACUAGUCAAUGACGGGUCAAGUGCAAUUCACGAGCUAUGAGCCCGUCCCUGUUUAGCGCGUAAGUGCUCUUUAAAAAUGCGAUUGCACGUUAGGUAUAAUACUCGUAAUAUACGUACGACUUGUACUGCUGUUACGCUAUGAUGUUUGGUUUUUUUGCUCAAAAUACUUUACGGUGUUGUAAUAAUGUGCGGAAUGUUAAUUAAUGUGUGUGUGACGUUUCUGUAAAGCAAAUUAAAUCGUGCACAGCCAUUUUACAAUA